AUGGCUGUUCCUUGGGGAACAUUAUCCGAUAUUAUAGGCCGCAAGCCCGUGAUCAUCAGCGGUCUCUUUUGUACUAUGAUUCUAUCGAUUGUUCUCGGCAUGUCUUCAUCUCUGACGAUGGUCCUCGUGACACGUGCUCUGAUCGGUUUAAUGAACGGUAAUGUCGGUAUCAUCCGCACCAUGGUAGCGGAGAUUGUACCAGAGCGUGAACUUCAACCUCGAGCUUUUAGUAUUAUGCCUCUGGUAUGGACCAUUGGUAGUAUCUUUGGACCAGCGUUUGGAGGUGCAUUAGCACGACCGGCGGAUAAACAUCCAGGACUCUUUGGCGGCUCGGAGUUUCUGAAAAGGUAUCCGUUCGCAUUGCCGAAUAUUGCCUCUGCUUGUUUCUUUAUUGUUGGUAUUACGAAUGGAUUCUUGUUCUUGCAGGAAACCCUUGAAUCGAAAAAGAAUCAGCGUGACUAUGGUCUUGAGCUAGGACAGGCACUUACUCGACCAUGUACUUCACGGCAGAAGGGAAACGCGGACUCGAAGAGCUUGGAUGAAGAGCGCGCUACUUUGCUUCCUCGUGACACGAAGAAGAAACCCACCAAGCCCAAAACUCGACCUAGCUGGUCCCAGAUCUUCACACCUCAAUCAUGUCUGGUUCUUACAUCCUACACCUUGUGUUCAGGAUUAGGCAUGGCCUUUGAUGCUGUGUUCCCUGUAUUCCUGAAUUACCCAGUCCAAGACUUCGAAAACAACCCAGACGUGGAGCUACCAUUCAAGUUCGCAAGUGGAUUCGGCGUCGGUAAGCGAUACAUUCAUCAUACCCAGAUAUUCUAUAUAAUUAACAUUUCAACAGACUCCCAAACAAUCGGCAUGUACUACACCAUCAUCGGAGUCUUAGGCAUGGUCAUCCAAUUCCUCGCUUUCCCACCCAUAGCGAAAUACCUAGGAAUCCUCCGCUGUUUCAAAGCCGCCGCCAUCUCCAUGCCAGUCAUCUUCUUCCUCACACCCUUCACAGCACUAGUCCCCGAACCAUUCCGACUCCCCGCGGUUUUACUAAUCAUGCUGGCUAAGCUAACCGCAACCUGCUUCGGUAUUCCCUGCUGCACAAUCCUACUUACGAACUCCGCCUCCAGCAUGAGCGUGCUCGGUACGCUGAAUGGAGUUGGAACGAGCGUUAGUGCGUUAGGUCGUGCAGCAGGACCAGCGGUGAUUGGAGCGGCGUUUUCGUAUGGUAUCAAGAGGGGAUAUGUGAUUAUUCCGUGGUGGUUGUUAAGUGCUCUAGCGCUUGUCAGUAUUGCUCCUGCUUUCUGGAUUGUUGAGCAAGAUGGUCCACAUCGGGAUCAGGUGGAGGAAGUGGAGGAAAGUCGGGAUUCGGAGUCUGCUAGUGGAUAUGGUGCUGUUGAUGUUUCGAGAGAGGGUAGUGGGAGAUGA